GAAAGGAAUUUCCUACAGACUGGACUAACCAUUAACAAUGUCUCUACUUUUAGGAGUUCAAGACAUUCAGUGGAGUCUUCCUAAGGAAGAUGUCGUCUUUGACAACGGAAACCUGUUGUCCGGACAAAAGAGGAAGUUUCUUUAAGCUCAUUGACACAAUCGCCUCAGAAAUCGGAGAAUUGAAACAGGAGAUGGUACAGACUGAUCUCACACUGGAAGAUGGAUCCACUGAUUUGCAAAGCCUAGUAAAGGACAUGGAUGAUGUCUGUUGUGAGAAAAAGGACUCUAAAAGCUGCCCCCGGGAUUCUGGAUAUGACAGCCUCUCCAACAAACUCAGCAUACUAGACAAGCUCCUUCAUACCCAUCCUGUAUGGCUACAGCUUGGCUUAAAUGACAAUGAAGCAGUGGAAAUUCUGAAGUCCCAGCCUCCUGGGAUCUUUCUGGUCAGGAAAUCCACAAGACUGCAGAAAAAAGUCAUAUCACUACGUCUGCCCAGUGAAUUUGGGUCCUGCCUGAAGGAAUUCGCAAUAAAAGAAAGCACAUACACCUUUUCCUUGGAGGGUUCUGGAAUAAGUUUUGCUGAUUUAUUCAGGCUCAUUGCUUUCUACUGUAUUAGCAGGGAUGUGCUGCCAUUCACCUUGAAAUUGCCUCAUGCUAUUGCAGCAGCCAAAACAGAGGCUGAACUUGAAGAUAUUGCUCAGCUGGGACUGAAUUUUUGGAGCUCUCCGGCUAACAACAAACCCCAAAAUCCUUCACCUCCCCAUAGGCCUCUGCCCUCGGACAACACUUACAAAGAGUCACGUCAGCUCUGCCUUAUAAAUGGAGUGCAUUCUAUAAGAACCAGAACGCCUUCGGAGCUGGAGUGUAGCCAGACCAACGGAGCCUUGUGUUUUAUUAAUCCUCUCUUCUUAAAAGUGCAUAGCCAGGAUGUUAGUGGAAGUUUGAAAAGGCAGAGCCCAAGAACUCAAGAUGUGAAUGGCACAGAGAGGCCUCGCUCUCCCCCACCCAGACCGCCACCACCAUCUAUUAAUAGCCUUCUCACAAGUCCGCAACUUUCCAGGACUAUAAAGCAGGCGAGCAUGUCAGAAACAGUCAACCAUAACAAAUAUAGGAACUCGGAUUUGCUGCAGAAGAAACCAACCCCUAUUCCUCCUCCCCGGCUGAAGAAGCAGGCUGUUAGCUCAGAAGUGGAAGGUAAUGCAAAGACCUCAGCAGUAAUUCGACCUAGUCAUAACUCAGUGCAUGGGUCAGAAGCUGCUAGCGUUCCAGGUGAAGCCCCGCCUGAGCACAGUUUAGCAGCUUGCAAAAAAACCUUGGCUACAAACUCUGAGUCACAAGUACAGUGGAAUGGAGGCAGGCAGAGACUGAGCGACAUGAGCAUUUCCACCUCCUCAUCAGACUCACUGGAUUUUGAUCGGAGCAUGCCGCUGUUUGGUUAUGAAGGGGACACGAACAGUAGCCUGGAAGACUUUGAAGGGGAGAGUGACCAGGAGACCAUGGCACCCCCUUUGAAGCCAAAAAAGAAAAGGAGUAGUUCCUUUGUUCUCCCCAAGAUUGUGAAAUCCCAGCUUCGGAAAGUAAGUGGAGUUUUUAGUUCUUUCAUGACCCCUGAGAAGAGGAUGAUCAAGAAAAUUGCAGAAAUGUCCCAGGACAAACGCACUUAUUUUGGGUGCCUGGUUCAGGACUAUAUCAGCUUUCUCCAAGAAAAUAAGGAAUGCCAUGUUUCCAGUACAGACAUGCUGCAAACUGUUCGGCAGUUCAUGACACAGGUUAAGAACUAUUUGUCCCAGAGCUCUGAACUGGACCCCCCGAUUGAAUCACUGAUUCCUGAGGACCAAAUAGAUGUGGUGCUGGAGAAGGCCAUGCACAAGUGUAUCCUGAAGCCCUUGAAGGGCCACAUUGAAGCAAUGCUGAAGGAGUUCCACACCGCGGAUGGCUCUUGGAAACAGCUAAAGGAGAACCUGCAGCUGGUGCGGCAAAGAACUCCUCAGGAACUGGGCGUGUUUGUCCCAACACCAGACUUUGUGGACGUUGAAAAAAUCAAAGUCAAGUUUAUGACGAUGCAGAAAAUGUAUUCACCUGAGAAGAAAGUCAUGUUGCUGCUGAGAGUGUGCAAACUAAUUUACACUGUCAUGGAGAAUAACUCAGGGAGGAUGUAUGGAGCUGAUGACUUCUUACCAGUGCUGACCUAUGUAGUGGCCCAAUGUGACAUGCUGGAGCUUGAUACUGAAAUUGAAUAUAUGAUGGAAUUGUUGGAUCCAUCUUUACUACAUGGAGAAGGAGGUUACUACUUGACAAGCGCCUAUGGAGCACUUUCUUUGAUCAAGAAUUUCCAGGAGGAACAAGCUGCCCGUUUGCUAAGUUCAGAAGCUAGAGAUACCCUCCGACAGUGGCAUAAGAGGAGAACAACUAACAGAACAAUACCUUCAGUUGAUGACUUUCAGAAUUACCUCCGAGUUGCAUUCCAGGAGAUUAACAGUGGCUGUACAGGAAAGACCUUAUUAGUAAGACCGUAUAUCACUACAGAAGAUGUGUGUCGGCUCUGUGCUGAAAAGUUUAAAGUGGACACCCCAGAAGAUUAUAGCCUUUUUCUUUUUAUUGAUGAUACUUGGCAGCAACUAACAGAAGAUACCUACCCUCAGAAAAUUAAGGCAGAGCUGCACAGCCGUCCGCAACCCCAGGUUUUUCACUUUGUCUAUAAACGCAUUAAAAGUGAUCCUUAUGGUGCCAUUUUCCAGAAUAACAAUGGCGACGAUGAGGACAACGACUCCACUUCAUAGAGCAGAUGCUUAUUGUUCAGCCUUUAUUCCUCAUUACAUUGUUGAAAAACAUCUUGGCUGCUGCCUUCUUUAGUAGGUAAAACAGUCUAGAGGGAUUUAGAAAUAAAUGCCUAGUAAGAACAUAAGCAGCUGCUUUUAGCACUGCCUAUAGCAAAUAUACAUGUAAUACUUAUGGCCAGUUGUACAGUAUAUUCAGUCACAGUGUUUGAGUAAACAGCCCAUGAAGCUAAGGUUUUUGGAACAAAAAUUCUUCUAAAAAAUAUAACGCUGUGGCCCUCUACAGGUCUCUGUCUGUAGUGUACUGAAAUCCAGUUUCAUCAUACUUCUCCUUUAGCCAAAUGUUUUGAUUUAAAUGUGUAUGCUAGACAAACCUUUUAGGGGAACCUACCUGGUACACUUCAUUUCACCAGCACAAGUGUGACAAGACUGUCCGAUGCAGGGCAUCAAUUAACUCUCAACUACAUGGAUGGUUGCUGCAUCCUUUUCUAAUUUUUUUUUUUUUUUUUUUUUUUUUUUUUUUUUUUUUUACAGAAAGGCUCCAUGUUUUUAUAUAUUUCAUAGAAAUUUUAUAGCAGUUGCAGGUAAACUGUCAGGGUUGGUUUUUAAAAUAUUUUUUUAACUAUAAAGUAUUCUAUAAUUAUGCAUGUGAUUUUAACAUUUAAUAUACAAGAAUAAAUCUCUUGCUGGUCUUAGAGUAUUGCAUUAAAAGUCUCUGGUUUCUCUUUUGCUGUAACUGGAGGGUUUUAUGAAACUUCCUUUGUUUUGAGAUUGCUGUGUUUCUGUAAGCAAUGUAUAUCAUUGACACUGGCCACUUAAAUGCCUUUAUAUGAACCUGACAUACUGUUAUCCGAACUAUUGUUUCUAUGCACCAGUUUUAGACAAACAUACAGGCGUUCGGAAAAAAGAGAUGAAAGAAAUGGAUGUAGAGAAAAGGUAGAGAAGGUAGAUAACCUAUUUUAGGAAUAGAAUGUGUUAGUCUGCUGGUUCAGGCUUCUUGCAGAAAAUGGGGGAAGGAGAUUGAGAAGGAACUGUUUCAUGUCUCGAAUACUAGAGAUAAGCAGAUGGAUUUGAAAAUACCUAUCCCAGAUAUUAAGCACAGGAUUAAAAACACCAAUAAAGUGAAAGAGAACACUAACCAUUUUAUAGAGAAUGACGAUAGCAACAUUGAAAUACAUUUUUGGCAAAAGCAAAAAAACUGUUGUAGCUUUUGAUAAGUCAGAAAUACUGCUGGAUGUGGGAGACUAUAAAGACACACAAAAGUCAGUGCCUUUAUAUAUAGAAAGCUAAAAUGAAAUUAAAUGUGUACGUUCUGUAAAAAUCUGUUUUAAGAUGAUAAAUUCUGUGGUUAAAUCCCAUGUAUGUGGAAGUCAAUGGGGGUUUUGCUAUCGAUUUUAAUAGGGCAGGAUUUCACCCUAGGUUCUUGUAGCAGUGUAAUUUAAGGCAGGUGGUUACAAGAACACAAGUCUUGAACUUGAAAGGAUGUGUAUGUGUAUUGCAUAUGUAAAGGUCUGUACCUUCUUAAUGUUGGCUUGCCACAUAUCUGAAAUCCUUGGCACAUGUUUGUGCUGUAUUUCAUUUUGUAAAUGAUAAACAAUGAGUUUUGCACAUAAUACAUUGUAAUACUGAAUGAUAA